GCUUGGAGUCUGUUCUAUAUCGGCUGAAACAUUGAGUCUGUGGAGACCAGUGCUGAGGCUGAAACACACACAGAGAUUGCUGAGCUGAUCUGCUUCCUUCCUCCAGUUACAUAACGACCCCCCAAUCCUUGCACCUGCCUCUCCCCCUGUCCCUCCCCAUUCUGCUCCUUAUUCCCAGCUCAUGUGGCCAAAGUAGACUUCUCCUCCUUUCACUCUUCCUUUCUCCCUCUAUUCUGCACAUUUCCCUUCUUUUCCUUUUCUGCUACUCCUCCCUUUUUUUAUUCCUCCGAAGGGGAGCAGGAGACUAACCCUGUGGAUUAUCACCAUUAUCUAUUUUUAAUAUUAGUCCUUUUUUUUUCCCUUUAAACAACCAUUUAUUCCUGAACUCGACAGCAGCCCCAUCCUCAAACAAUGUCUUGCUGUCCAGGAAAGAAGCUGCACAGAACGUGGAAAUGAUGGCAGCACCAGAUUUACUGGAUCCCAAAUCAGCAACACAGAACUCAAAGCCAAGAUUGUCCUUCUCUGCAAAGCCGGCCGUGGUGUCCACCAGGGACAACAGGGAGAUAACAGUUAAUGUAAUGAAAUGGAAAACAGUAUCCACCGUUUUUCUGGUAGUGGUUCUCUAUCUCAUAAUAGGCGCCACUGUGUUCAAAGCUCUGGAGCAGCCACAUGAAAGCGCACAGAGAACCACCAUCAUAAUUCAAAAGAAUAAUUUCAUCUUAAAUCACUCGUGUGUCAAUGUCACGGAACUGGAUGAACUCAUUCAGCAACUUAUGGCAGCUAUUAAUGCGGGGAUCAUACCUAUAGGAAAUACCUCCCAUCAGAACAGCCACUGGGAUUUGGGAAGCUCUUUUUUCUUCGCUGGCACCGUUAUUACUACUAUAGGUUUUGGAAAUAUUUCCCCACGCACAAAAGGUGGAAAAAUAUUCUGCAUUAUUUAUGCCUUAUUGGGAAUUCCGUUGUUUGGAUUUCUUUUGGCCGGUGUUGGAGACCAACUAGGGACCAUCUUUGGCAAAGGAAUCGCCCGGGUGGAAGAUAUGUUUGAAAAGUGGAAUGUAAGUCAGACGAAAAUCCGCAUCAUAUCCACUGUAAUAUUCAUCCUGUUUGGGUGCAUCCUGUUUGUCGCUAUUCCAGCUGUCAUCUUCCAGCACAUAGAAGACUGGCAUACGUUGGAUGCCUUCUACUUUGUAGUUAUCACGCUAACCACAAUUGGAUUUGGGGACUAUGUCGCCGGUGGAUCAGAUAUCGAAUAUUUGGACUUUUACAAACCUGUUGUAUGGUUUUGGAUCUUAGUGGGACUUGCUUACUUUGCUGCAGUGCUCAGCAUGAUUAGCGACUGGCUUAGAGUCAUCUCUAGGAAGACAAAGGAGGAGGUUGGGGAAUUCAGAGCGCAUGCUGCUGAAUGGACCGCCAACGUCACGGCAGAAUUCAAAGAAACACGGCGGCGCUUAAGCGUGGAUAUUUACGACAAGUUCCAACGGGCCACAUCCGUUAAACGGAAGCUUUCUGCAGAACUGGCCAUGAGCUCUAAUCCAGAAAUGACUCCAUGCAAGAGGACCUUGUCAGUCAAUCACCUGACCAACGACAAAGAGUGCUUUAUGCCUGUGACCAAAUGCGAAAGUAUUUACCUCAACGGCUUGACGCCACACUCAGCCAACGAGGAAAUCGCCAUCAUUGAGAACUUUAAGUAACAGCUGAUCCUACUUUCUAUCCGAGAUGCUUCAAUCGCCAUCAUUAAAGACUACCAGCAUUUUAAACUCUGCAUGAGCUCAGAACAUAUAGGGACGAGGCCACACUGUUAUAUAAAUAUAUCAUGUAAUAUAAUGUAUAGCGGUUUCGUUAAAAUAAUAAGAAAUUACUACUGAAUUCAACGUCUGAUGCCUUUAAGUGCCCAGACUGUUUUUUUUUUCUUUUUUUCUAAUGUGCCAUAACAUACACAAAAUAUAUUGAAUAUAUUGUUAAUAGUUUUGGUAUUGAAUAAUAGCAAAUGUUCAGGAUAUGACCGGUCAGAAGAAUGGGAAGUUUAAGGACUAUAUUCUUUUUUUUAUAAAAGCUGAAUUUAUUGUGAUGCAGCCUUUACCUAAGAAACUGUCAUCAGUGCCUUAUAUUUCGAAAGACACAAAAAUCAUUACCUGUUACAUGUCCGUCUCUUUCCAUUUUCCCUUUUGACCUAAGGAAUGUAUUGCAUUACAUUUUUCUUUUUUAUCUUAGUAAAUUAAUGGAAUUAAUAAAUUUAAAUCCAUUUUAUUAAAUUAAUUAAAUCAAUAAAUUACUUUUGCAAUGCACUAGACAAAGAAAAAAUAAAAACUUUUGGGGAAUUGGGUGGGCCCUCCUUGUUUCUUAUGGGCUAGAAUGUUUCUUCAAAGGAUAGAAUGACUUUACAAAUACAGACUUGCUAUAAAGACAAGGACAAGUUGCACAUAUUUUUAGGAACAUUUGUAAAUAUGCAAACUAAGGGGCAAAUAUAUUUAAUUUUGGAGUUGACAUGAUGCACUCAACUUGCAGUUAAAUCUUGUUUUUUUUAGUUUUUGGCACUCUUUUUUUUUCCUGAUCAAAUUUUUUUUAAAGAAAAUUCCGGCAGGUUUUAGGUGGUGAAAUUUAUUGAAACAACUUAAUUGCUUAGGGAAAUGGGUGACCACAAAUAGAUGUUCAUUUAUCCACAAACCAAUUCUAUUUUACUAAAGGGCGAAGUGGCCAUCAUUAGUGAAAAUUUGCCAGAAAUCCAAUCCGCAGGGACAUCGCCUAUUUACUAAACCAUCGCUAGCACAAUUUUGCACCCAGGGCUGCUUCUGCCACGAGGCAAGGUGAAACCCUUGCCUCAGGCGGCAGCGAGCAGCCAGUUACAAGGGGCGGCAAAAAGCCGCCUCUUG